AUGGCGUCUAUGGAAAGAAGUCUCUUCUUCUCAGACCAGUUCGCCAUCAGCUGCGGCACCGUGACAAUAGAUCUCAAAAAGGCCAAAGUCCUGCUCAUUCGCAUGCGAAAGAAUGGAGAAUACAUGCUUCCCAAGGGCCGAAAAGAUGUGGGCGAAAAUCUAGAAGAGACAGCUCUCCGAGAGACGUAUGAAGAGACAGGAGUGAAAGUGCAAUUCUUCCCUGUCGCUAUCGAUUCACAAGCUACCUCGCCCCAAGGCCAAGAUCGUCCAAAGGCCAUCACUGAGCCGAUUGCCGUUUCUCAGCGUAUGACGAAGGGGGGUCUCAAGAUUAUCUUCUGGUAUGUCGGUAUGGCGGACUCUACUAUUCCUCCAGUAGAGGGAACGCAGCAGGAGAACGAAGAUUUCGAAGCUGUUUGGAAACGGUUCGAUGAGGUCGAGGCUGUUGUGUCUUGGGAGGAUGAUCGACGAAUUACUAUGAAAGCUAUCGUUGCGGUUCUGAGAGGACGGUCUGCGAGUUCUGGCACGGUCUGA